AUGGCUUCAGGCGUAAGUGCAAGUUUCGUAUCCAAGAUUAUCCUGAUCAUCCCGUUGUUAUCGAAAUCAUUGUAUUGUUUUUCAGACCCUGUACACGUAUUUGAACAACUUCAGAGCAUAUAAGGCACUGAUAGCGGCUCAGUAUAGCGGAGCCGAUGUCAAGGUCGACCCGGCUUUUGAAUUCGGCGUUACUAACAAACAAGAAAGCUUCCUGAAGAAGUUUCCUCAAGGAAAGGUUAAUAAAAUAAAUCUUAUUAGUCUGUGUUGCUUAUUAAAUAAAUGUUGAAACUUUAAUUUCUAGGUACCUGCAUUUGAGUCCAAAAAUCAGGAAUAUCUAACUGAAAGCAAUGCCAUAGCCUAUUUUGGUAAGUUUCCUUGUAAUUGUUUUGUAUACUAUAUUACAAUUUAAUUUCCAUAUUGUGGAAAGUCAUCCUAUAGUUAAUCUUAUUUUCUAUAUUAUUUGAAAUAGUUAUUGUUUUAAAUACAUUUUUUGUCUAUUUUACCUAUUUGUUGCUAGCUCUAUUUUAAUUGUAUCUGAUAUCAUGAUGACACAAAUUAAAAUACUGUAAAAAAAAUGUAGAACAAUAUAUGAUGAACUAUGAAACAUAUUUUUUUAAAUUUGAACUUGUAUACUUCUAAACAAAUUUGGUUAUAUUAUCACAAUAAUAAAAUACUACCCUUAAAAUGUUUAACUGAAGUAAGUCUUCUAGUAAAAAGCUAAUAAAGUUUCUCAGAUUCUAAAUUAUCAAAAGGAUUAUAAAUAAUAAUUGAAAUAUUUUUUUAUUUUGUUUUUGUUUUAAUGCUAUUUAUGUGUAUUAUAUUAUUAAUGAACAUUUUUUUUCAAUUGUUGAAUUUAGUGUCCAGUGAACAAUUCAAAGGCUCUACUCUGUAUGAACAAGCACUUGUCCAACAAUUUAUCAGCUAUGCUGACAAUGAAAUCUUGCCAGCAUCUUAUGCCUGGGUUUAUCCCUCUCUUAGUAUUGCCCAAUUCAACAAAUUGGUAAUGUCAAAUUAUUAGUUCACAUUAUGAUGCUAAAAUAUUAAACAUUGAAUACUAUUUUUAUAGUCAGUCGAUAGAGCUAUUGAAGAUGUUAAAGGAAUUCUGGCAUACUUGGAUAAUUAUCUAUUAGCAAAGACAUACUUGGUUGGUGAACGUAUUACAUUGGCUGAUAUUACAGUAGCCUGUUCUCUACUUCAACUAUAUCAACAUGUUUUGAAUCCUGAAUUUAGGUAUAAUAAAAAUUAUAUUUUUUUUAUACAUUACAACCUCAAUCAAAGGCGAAUCAUUUGUUUUAGAUUCAUUUGGUUCGUAACAAAAUGAGGUAUAUAAACUUAUUACAAGUAUUGAUCUGAUGAUUUGUAAUCAUUUAUCAGGCGGGCUUUUGUAAUAGAUACUUUGCUAUUAAAAUAACUAAAUGCAUUACAUUGGUUGAUAUUACAGUACCAUGUUCUUUACUUCAACUAUAUCAGCAUGUUUUGAAUCUUGAUUUUAGGUAAAAUAAAAUUUACAUUUUUUUAAUACAUUACAACCUCAAUCAAAGGCGAAUCAUUUGUUUUAGAUUCAUUUGGUUCGUAACAAAAUGAGGUAUAUAAACUUAUUACAAGUAUUGAUCUGAUAAUUUGUAAUAAUUUAUCAGGCGGGCUUUUGUAAUAGAUAUUUUGCUAUUACAAUAACUAAAUGCAUUAUAUAAGCUGAUAAUUACAGUAAGGUUUAUAACAAAAUGUCAUUAAUCAGGUAUAUUUUUGUAUUGUCUUUUGUUAUAUAGGCAUAUUAUUUUAAUAUUAAUAAUGAGUUAAAUCAUCUUUGUCUAAGGCCCAAGGCCAUAUUAAAUACCCUAGCUAUGAAAUUGGGAUUCAACAUGUUACAAUUUUAUUUUUUGAGAUUGGCUAUUGUGGUUCUGGGAUAGCUUAUAUUAUUAAUUAUUAUAAACAUUUCAUCAUAAUGUUGUAAUAUUUUAAAUUAAAUUUUACUAUAAGUAAAAGUAAGUGUAGUAUAAUUAGUAAUUUUAAUGUUUUAGAAAACCAUACAUCAAUGUCAACAGAUGGUUUGAUACUAUUGUUAAUCAACCAAAAGUAGUUAAAAUUAUUGGAGCAUUUGAGUAUUGUCAAAAAAGUGCUGAAUUCAACCAAAAAGUUUACUCUGAACUACAAGGUGGAUCUGAAGACAAAAAAAACCAAGUAAAAAAAGAAAAACCUAAGAAGGCAGUAGCACCUAAGCCAAAAAAAGAAGCUAAAGAAGUAGAAGUUCCUGAAGAACUAGAUGCAGCUGACUUAAUUCUUGCUGCUGAACCUAAGUCCAGUAAUCCAUUUGAUGCCCUCCCCAAAGGGUAAUUAUUAUAAAGUUAAGCGUGAAUUUUGUUCAGUGUUAUAUCAUUUUACAUUUUAUUAGCACAUUCAAUAUGGAUGAAUUCAAAAAAGUGUACAGUAAUGAAGAAGAGUCAAAAUCAAUUGCUUACUUCUGGGAGCACUUUGAUAAGGAAAACUAUUCAAUUUGGUUUGGUGAAUACAAGUACAAUAAUGAACUACAAAAAGUGUUCAUGAGCUGUAAUCUUAUCUCGGGUAUGUUUUUAUGACUCAACAUUUUAUGUAUAAGAUACCUUUAAAAAUAAUUAGGUUUUUAAUGCUUAACAGGAAUGUACCAGCGAUUGGAUAAGAUGAGGAAGCAAGCUUUUGCAUCAGUUUGUUUAUUUGGUACUGAAGGAAAUAGUUCUAUUUCUGGUGUUUGGAUUUGGAGAGGCCAAGAUCUUGCUUUUGAGGUAUAAUAAACUAUUGCACUUUCUAACGUGAUAUUAAAUAUUUGUAUAAUUCCAGAUGAGUAACGAUUGGAAAGUUGAUUAUGAUGUCUACACUUGGAAAAAAUUGGAUGCCAACAGUGAAGAAACAAAAAAGUUGGUCAGUGAGUACUUUGCAUGGACAGCCACUGAUAAAGAAGGCAGGCCUUUCAAUCAAGGAAAAAUAUUCAAAUAA